AAUGGAGUCUGGACUUUGUGUUCCUCCCCGUUCGUCUCUCACCUGUGCGCGUUGGUUCAAACCUGUAGCUCCCGUUGUUUUUCUCCCUUCUGCUCACAGAAACCUCCGGACAAACCAACUUUCAGCUCCAGUUUCGCUCCCAACUCUCCCCAAUCGCCGACAGCUCAAAGAGCGGGAGGGAAAUUUAAACGUUACGGCUUUCUGAUCCGUUCCCCGACUCUUCUCGCUGUUGGCUAACGAGCCGGACGCGGCGACUUCCUCGUUUGACUAGAAAGAAAAAACAACAACAACCCAAAAAACAGUUAAUUUCCAGGAAACUCUCUGUUCUGCGUCCACAGACGAAGUCAAAUAGAUUAUUCUGCACCUACGGUCCACCGGGGGACUAACGUGGACCCUCUGACAGGGAAAAUAAUUACGAUUAUAAAGUAAAAGUUACUACGUCAGCGACGGGCCUCCAUUUUCAACAGCAGGCAGACUUCCCGUCGAAUCCCUUCACAAUAAAAGCCGUGACGCCAUGUAGCUGACAAAGAUCCUCUUGAUUUUUUUAGUUUACUGUCGGUAAGAAAUACGCAGCGGUCUUAGCUUUGGGCUACUGUUGUUAUCAACGCCAUAUGUUCAUACUUUAGUAAUUGGGCACGGUGACCAGUAUCACCACCGGUUCUCCUGAUUGAUUUCUGAGGUACCGAAGAGUCCAGAUUCCCUUCAGAACAAUCGGGCUUCAGCCUUAAAAAAAAAAUAAAAACAAAAAAACUUCACACGGAGCUUCAUACGGCUUUCGGACCGUAAAUAAAUAAAGAAGAGGAAAUAACCAGCCAGCCAAAGCCAUCAGUCCUUUUUCAUGGUGGAUCAUGGUUGUUUCUUGAUUUUGGACACUUAAUGUAAAAGGGCCGAUGUCAGUCUACUUACUCCAGCUCCUACUCUACAUUUACACUAAGGUUUUUCACCAUGACAACGGGGAAAUGAAUCUUUCCCGUCCAAGGUGUCAUUUCCUAGUAAACACAGAUGGGAGGAGUGACUGUGCCCAGUGUUCAACACAAAGCAAAACCGAAAGUAUUGAGUAGAUAGUUUCUCAGUCGUCGCAGCUGAAGGAGAAAAGACGUCCAGGAGAUGAGUGUUUGUGUCGAGGAAGAGGAGGACAGAUCGGGGUCUCCAGGAUCCAGGAGCUUGUCUAUGAAGAGUGACCGGUCCAAACCUGAUCCUCCAGACUUCAGCAAUGAACCUGGACCCUCAGAAAGAGAAGAGAGGAAGAGGAUCCAUGUUUCUGUGGAGGAGCAGCCGUCCAGCUGUGCUCUCUGUCAGGACGUCCUGAAGGAUCCAGUCUCUACCGGCUGUGGACACUGGUUCUGCAGACAGUGCGUCACCUCAUACUGUGACAAGUCUGGUUCAUCGGGAGAGUCCCCCUGUCCCCAGUGUGGACAAACCAGGGAUCUGCAGGAGGUUUUAGAUGAACAUAAGAUCAGUCUGAGGGACAGAUGUGAACGUGUGACUGAAGGAACUGAUGGAACAGGAAGUGGAACCCUCCUCAACAAGAUCUACACUGAGCUCUACAUCACAGAGGGACAGAGUGAAGAGGUUAAUACCCAACAUGAGGUGUGGCAGCUUGAGACAGCUUCCAAGAUGAAGACCCUCCAUGACACUCCAAUCAAGCCCCGCGACAUCUUUAAAUCCUUGUCUGACCAGCAGGGGCCCGUCAGAGUGGUUCUGACCAACGGCGUUGCUGGCGUUGGAAAAACUUUUAAAGUGAGGAAGUUCACUCUGGACUGGGCAGAGGGCUUGGAAAACCAGGAUGUCAGUCUGCUGGUCCUGCUUUCGUUCAGGGAGUUGAACCUGAUCAGAGAUGAGCAGCACAGUCUUCUCACGCUGCUCCAUGUUUUCCAUCCAACAUUACAGAAGGUCACAGCAGAGAAGCUCGCCGUCUGUAAAGUUUUGUUCAUCUUUGACGGCCUGGAUGAAACCAGACUUUCACUGGAUUUCAACAACAGGGAGGUUGUGUCUGAUGUCACACAGAAGUCGUCAGUCAACGUCCUGCUGACAAACCUCAUCCAGGGGAAUCUUCUUCCCUCGGCUCUCGUCUGGAUAACUUCCCGACCUGCAGCAGCCAAUCAGAUCCCUCCUAGAUGUGUUGACAGGGUAACAGAAGUACGAGGCUUCACUGACGCCAAGAAGGAGGAGUACUUCAGGAGGAGAUCCAGUGAUGAAGAGCUAUCCAGCAGAAUCAUCUCACACAUCAAGACAUCCAGGAGCCUCCACAUCAUGUGUCAGAUCCCAGUCUUCUGCUGGAUCAGUGCUACAGUUCUGAAGCACAUGUUGACUACAGACCAGAGUGGAGAGUUGCCCAAGACCCUGACUGAUCUGUACACACACUUCCUGCUGGUUCAGACAAAGAGGAAGACAAACAAGUAUGACGAGGGACAUAAGAAGAGUGGACAGGAGCUGACGAAGGCUGACAGGAAGGUUCUUCUGAAGCUGGGGAGGUUGGCGUUUGAACAUCUGGAGAAAGGAAACAUCAUGUUCUACCAAGAAGACCUGGAGCAGUGUGGUCUCGAUGUCACAGAGGCCCUGGUGUACUCCGGAAUGUGUACAGAGAUCUUCAAAAGAGAGAGUGUGAUCUUCCAGAAAACAGUCUACUGCUUUGUUCAUCUGAGCAUUCAGGAGUUUCUGGCUGCAGUCUACAUGUUCCACUGUUACACCUACAGGAACACAGAGGUACUGGAGGACUUCUUGGGAAAAGACUGGGACCAUGAAAACAGAGACUGUUCCCUGAAUGAUAGCAAUGAUCGUGAUUACCCAUCUUUGGAUGUCUUUUUGAUUAGAGCCAUGCAGAAAUCCCUCAAAAGUAAAAAUGGCCACCUGGACCUGUUUGUCCGCUUCCUUCACGGUCUCUCUCUGGAGUCCAACCAGAGACUCUUAAGAGGCCUGCUGGGUCAGACAGAGAACAGACCAGAAAUCAUCCAGGGAACCAUCAGCAACCUGAAGGAGAUGAACACGUAUGAUAUCUCUCCUGACAGAAGCAUCAACAUCUUCCACUGUCUGAUGGAGAUGAACGACCGCUCAGUACAUCAGGAGAUCCAAGAGCUCCUGAAGUCAGAGAACAGAUCAGAGAAGGAACUCUCUGAGAUCCACUGCUCAGCUCUGGCUUACAUGCUGCAGAUGUCAGAGGAGGUUCUGGAUGAGUUGGACCUGAAGAAGUACAACACAUCAGAGGAGGGACGACUGAGACUGAUCCCAGCUGUGAGGAACUGCAGAAAGGCUCAACUUUCUGGCUGCGGACUCUCAGCGACUCACUGUGAAGUCCUGCACUCGGCCCUGCAAUCCAACCCCUCGCAUCUGAGAGAACUGGUCUUGAGUUAUAACACCUAUCUGAUGGAUUCAGGAGUGAAUCUGCUGUCUGCUGGACUGGAGAGUCCAAACUGUGAAUUGGAGACUCUGAGACUGGCAGACUGUCAGGUCACAGUUGAGGGUUGUGCUUCACUGGCCUCAGCUCUGAAGUCCAACCCCUUCCAUCUGAGAGAACUGGAGCUGAGUAAAAACUUUCUACAUGACUCAGGAGUGACGAUACUGUCUGAUUAUAUACAAAGUCCACAUUGUAGACUCAAGACACUGAGAGUGGUCUCCUGCAGUUUGUCAGAGAUCAGCUGUGAUUCUCUGGCCUCAGCUUUGAGGUCCAACCCGUCCCAUUUGAGAGAGCUGGACCUGAGCCUCAAUGUGCUGCAUGAUUCAGGAAUAAAGCUGCUGUCGGCUGGACUGGAGAGUCCAAACUGCAGACUGAAGACUCUGAGACUUGAAUACUGCAGUUUGUCGGAGAUCAGCUGUGCUUCUCUGGCCUCAGCGCUGAAGUCCAACCCCUCCCAUCUGAGACACCUGGACCUGAGUGAAAACGAGCUGCAGGAUUCAGGAGUGAAGCUGCUGUGUGGUUUUCUGGAGAGUCCAGACUGUAGACUGGAGACUCUGAGACUGAACAUCUGCAGUUUGUCAGAGAUCAGCUGUGCCUUUCUGGCCCCAGCUCUGAAGUCCAACCCCUCCCAUCUGAGACACCUGGACCUGAGCUCCAACAAGCUGCAGGAUUCAGGAGUGAAGCUGCUGAGUGGUUUUCUGGAGAGUCCAGACUGUAGACUGGAGACUCUGAGACUUGUUUGCUGUGAACUGACAAAGACCAGCUGUGAUUCUCUGGUCUCAGCUCUGAAGUCCAACCCCUCCCAUCUGAGAGAACUGGAGCUGAAUGGAAACAGGCUGCAGGAUUCAGGGUUGGAGCUGCUGUGUGGUUUUCUGGAGAGUCCAGAAUGUAGGCUGGAGACUCUGAGGGUGAAAUAAAUCUGAUUUCAAGCUGCCGACCCCACAAGAUAUGGCAGCUAUCUGUGGACGGGGCCGGGGGGCUGACGGCGAUGAGAGAGCUGCACGUGGACUCGACGUCCAAUAAUCAUCAUCCAUCCUAGUUCACUAAUCAGCUUGACUUCCGGGUUUUGGGGUCCAUCAACGCUCGGCAGAUGUUUUCCGGAUAAAAGCUGGAUUUACACACUCAGAUUACAACUUGAUAAAUCAAUCUAUGAUCAAUUAUCACAGUCAACUACACACCCCCGCUCUGCUGGGAAGGAUAAAUGAAUCACAGAGUUAAACCGAUGCACACGUCCAAACGGACCUCUGCCCGACACCGUGCCGUAUUUAUGCAGUAAGAAGGAUUUUCUACUAACAUUCAGUUCGUCUUUUAUACAUGAUUUAAAAUCUGCAGCGUUGACUGCAGGUAAACUGCACAUGACCGACGUACGGUUGUAAUCACAGCACUUUAUUCAGCACAAGCAGUAGAACAGCUCCACUGAUGAAUACAUAAUGUAGCUUGUAUCACUACAAAGGAAGAUCCACAAAUGCUACUCAUGACGUCAUUAAAGUAAUCGCUAUUAUUAAACCUGCAACUCAUCUAAAAAUAUAUAUUUGAAGUUUAAUUUGAAAUAAAAUUAACAAAAGAACAAUAACGUGUCAACGCGUCAUGUGUUGCCUGGAUGACAGGGCUGGAGCUGAAACACAGAGUCCAGCUGAGGCCGAGCGCGACGUCAUUGCAGAGUAUUAGACAAAAUAAAAUGUCGACCUGAUGGUGGUGCUGGAUGAAGAGCCAGAGGAUCAUCAGCGUUAUUCCAGUUCAUCCUGAGGGGAACAUGAACAUCUGAACCACAUUUCGUCUUAAUGUAUCCAUCUGUAUAACGGUUGCAGAGAUAUUUAAGUCAGGACCAGAGACGUGGACAAUGACCAGGUGACCACGCUGGCUAAAAAUCCACGGAUAGUUCAAAGAACUUCUGCGCGCAUCACAUGUGAACAAGCUAUUUUGUUAAGAAUAUUUGUGAACCUCAUGCCGGGUUACAGCCCUUCAUUUCAGAACAGACCUUUGACUGUAUCAGCGACCACAUCUGAUUGGCUGAUGCUCAAUUAUGGAGGGAAACCAGCUUCACCUGGCCGCACUGUUUAAAGACAAUUCUGACGUCCCUCGCGUGCAUUACUGCAGACUUCAUCCAGGGUCGUAAAAACCUAUGUUAUUAGCUACAUCAUCCUGUGACCGUUCAUCAGCAAGUUGUCUCCACCCACCGAAAAAAAAAAAAGGGUUUGGCUCGUUCUUGCCAAGUACAGAGGAGAAUAAAAAACCUUUUACAUGUCAAUAAAAUUCAUCAGAACUGUUUUUUACACAUGUAAAAAACUGCGGUUAACUCAGAAGGUUUUACUGAUCUGACUUUUUUUGUGAUUUCACUGGUGACAAAAAAAUGGAACUAAGUUUGAAUGGAAACUUGUGUAAACUACAGACACUCCGGUUUCCCCUCAGGAUAAAACUGAAUAGAAACAGAAUCGGGGUUUUUUUACUAUUAUUUUUUUAUUGGUCAUGUAUGCAAACACACACAGAAUGUUUGGGCGUUUGCUCCG